AUGUUGCUUUUUUACUUUAUAAAGAUCGGUAUAUGGUCGGAGUAAGCGACUCUGCUAUAAUUUUUCAAUUCAAUUCCAAUUCUUCCAAUCCAUUUCCAGCUAAAACAUCUCGAAUCGGUCAAAUUGUAGUACGUUACAAUGGGUUUUCUUUUCUAUUUCUCCUUGAUUUACGUAAUUGUUUUCCAAUCAGCACUCCUACUAGCCAUGGAUACGGCUGCAACAAUUUCCGACGGCGGUCAUACGGCGGCGUUCUCGUGUAGAUCAUAUUGUGGGAACUUAAGCAUUGACUACCCUUUCGGGGUCCGUCCCGGAUGUGGCCAUCCGGGAUAUCGGGACCUCUUGUUCUGCAUCAAUGACGUCCUCAUGUUCCACGUACAAUCCGGGUCAUACCGCGUUUUGAACAUAGACUACGCCUACCAAACCCUCACACUCGACGAUCCUCACAUGUCGACGUGCUCCGCCAUCGUGCUCGGCAACCGCGGCAACGGCUUCGUGGUCGAGCCGUGGCGGGCCACCUACCUCCAACCCACCACGGACAACGUUUUCAUGCUCCUAGGAUGCUCUGCGGAGUCCCCGCUCUUCCAGGGAUUCCGCAAGGGCAAAAACUUCCCAUGCCGGAACGUAUCCGGCAUGGGCUGCGAGGACUACUACGACUGCCCGGCGUGGAACAAUGUUAUCGGGCUGCCAGCGGCUAAGAAGAGGAUGUGGCCCACCUACGCCGGCCCGCCGGAGUGUUGCGCGGUCGCAUUCGGAACAAUGAAGGCCAUAAAUUUGACCGAACUGGAUUGCCAAGGCUAUAGCAGUGCCUAUAGCCUUGCGCCCCUGAGAUUGCAGGGUGCAGAGGAGUGGUCUUAUGGGAUCAGAGUGAGGUUCUCUGUUCAUGGAGACAAAGUUUUUUGUAAAUCCUGCCAGGCAACCGGUGGGACCUGUGGAUAUACGGCGGCGGCCGACGGUAAAUAUACCAAUGCGUGUAUGUGUGGUUCUUGGAAUUCUACCUCCCAUUGUGAUUCACCUGCAGCUGCAUUUCACUCGGGUUCCACUAGAAGAACAUGGCGCUUUAUGGACACGCUAGCAGGAUUCUUUGUUUGUACAAUUUUGUUGAGAAUUCCGAAUAUUGCACGGAAUGUGGCCUGGUUCAAUUAAGAGUUAUACACGUUGAGCGUCAUUCCCCGCAUCAUGAUUCAUAAUAAAGCUCAAAAAAGUUCUUAGCUUGAGUGGCUUAUAUGUAAAGAGACGGAGGCUAGACAAAUACAUAGCAUAUUUAAAUUUGUAUGUACCAUGGUUAGGAGUAUAAUAAUAAUAGAAGUAUAUUUUGUAUCAUAGGGAAGUAAGGGAACUACAUAUAAUAUAAUAGAGGGUGGUAUCAUGGACUGCAACCGAUCACAUGCGUGAAACCCAUUGUACGAGUCGGGACUGAUAAACUAAGCCCAUUAAUCAACUGUCUAAAGAGAUCAUGACCCGCGAAAGGAACCUACAUUCAGAUUGUCAAGUCCCAGACCACAUCUAGGCGUGUGUGCAAUCGCCGCACAAUCAAGUGACGUCACCCGCAGGUCACACCCACUCGAUUGUACAAGACGUCCAUGAACAUAGUUCAUUCCAUACUCAAUAAGUAAACAUACAUAACAACAUCGCAC